AUUCUUUGAAAAUAAAAGUACCAGCUUAAUUUUAAUAUAAUAAAUUAAUAUAGCAUAAAUUAUCAAAAUGAAAUUUAAAUUAACGGACCUGAAAGAACUAGUGAAUAAUAUUGACUAUUUGCUUGAAAAUGAAUUGCGCGAUAUUAUGCAAAGUUUUUAUUUCGAAUCCUUAAUUAAUAUAAAUACAGUAGACACAGAAUAUUUCAGAUUGCAUGUAGUCCUUCUGGAUAAACUAAUUAAAACUGAUAUGUUUUGCCAAAAUGACCAUGCCGUUAAAAGCACCUUCCAAUUUAUUAUAUUUCAUUUUAAAAGUCUGGAAGAUGGGAACUGCUAUGAAAUUUUGGGAUGGCUGUAUAGCUUGUUAAACGCUUUAGUCCGAAGAAGCGCAGAUAUGCAAAAUAUUAGAAAUUACCUCUAUUUAGAAAGAGAAAAAAUCUUGGACGCAAUGGCUGCAACGAUGAGGCUAAAGUCAUUUAAUUUCAAUCACAUGAGUUUUAUUAAAUCUAUAACAUGUGACUUGUUAUCAAUCGAGGGAUGUGUUUCUGAAUCUUACUCAGCUAUCUUAAAACAGAUUCUGGAUAAUUUUGAAGGAUUAGGUGGAAUUAAUGAAACUGUAGAGAUAUGCUAUGUAGUGAUUGAAAAAUACGACGUUUCUACUUCAGUAUUUGAAAUAUGUGCUGUGUGGAUAUUAACUAAAGGAUCACAGCUUUUAUUUACGGAAUAUGAAGAGAAAGUUUUGUUGAGACUAAUGCAAACUCUAUACUUUGUAUACUACAAAAUUUCUGUCUUAAAACAUAAAGUACCAAUCCAUAAUAUCGAACUGGCCAAAAUGUUGGACUACAGUAUCGCAACGUUAGCAAAGCACUUCGAGAUCCUCAUUAACUUUUUUGCCAAAGAAAAUUUAAGGGACGGUUCUACGAAACUGCUUGCGCUGGUACUGACUAAACAAACUUGUAUUGAUGACUGGAAUAGUUGUUAUAGAAAGUUAAUAUUACUGUCAACUGAUUAUUCAGAAUGGUCAAAUUCAGAUCCUGACUUAUUUCUGAGAAUAUGCUAUGUCCUUUGCUUGGAAAACAAAAUCAUGUGGAUACCUGACAAAAUUAUGAAGGUUAUAGCCUCGCUGAUUUAUUCACUCAAACGUUACAACUUGGAAACAGAAAUGCUUAAAAUUAUGUGUUACAUUUACCCCUAUAUCCUACCAGAAUGUUUCAACCAAACUAAUAGCAUUUUGGGCGACGACCUGCUCAUAAUUAUGGAGAGACGCAUUUAUGAAUUUCAAGAUUUAUUAUCUUUACAUAUUAGCCAGCUAAACUGGAUCCUACGGAAAGGAACUCGACCCAUUAAAAUGGAAGUUAUUUGUUUUUGGCUAAAGAAUAAUGAGAAUGAUGUGUUAAGAAAGUGUAUUGUUCAUUCUAAAGCUCAGAAUGUUUUGUUCCAUGUUGUAACAGACUAUAGUGUUGAGGACAGAAUUGCUUUAAGUGCGGCAAGUAUUUUCGCAACCAUCCAAGACUUUUACUUACAAACCGAGAUUGCCAAAUUGUUACCUAGAGCAAGUACCAGUGGAAUGUUCAAACGUUUGUUGAUUUGUAAUCCUGGUGUACCAGCAGACCAGGACUUGGCGACUGAGCUCUGCAAAUUUAUGUCUGGAAUAAUAGUUAUCAUGGAUGAUGUUGAAGUAUUAGGAAUGCUUUGUGAGUACAGCAAAUCUUUGAUACAGAGCCUUAAAGACGACAAAGAUAUAGUGCGUGUAUUUUGUGAUGAUCCUAAAAGGAUUCUAGUGCUUUUAAGAAGGAGCACACUGCUUGAAGACAAUAUAGCAACCAGCGUCAUUAGGUUAAUCAAGAUGUUACUUCUAGUCCAGCAACGCAAUAAAACCCUCAUACCAGGUUUCGUCCAAAUAGAUCUCGGAUACCUCCUAAUAGGAUCCAAUCAAAAAUUGGCGAAGUGUCUCGAUGUCUUACAUAUACUUACAAGUACUAGACAAAAUAAUUUAUUUAUGCGUUUAUUGCCGAGUAGUAUAAAGACAAUCUUUCUAAAAUUGUUUUCACUUAGUAGAAACCACGAAGUGGCCAGUAUAAGUUUUUACUGUUUAAGUAAUAUGCUGAAAAUGAAUACAUGGUUGGCUACUUUACCUGAAACGAAUUUUUUCAUAGAAUUUACUUGCAGUCAGGCAGUAGAUCAGAAUUCUUCUACAGAAUUUCUGUCGUUUUUAACUAAUUGGUUUAAAUACAUGAAAAUGACCUGGUUUCAUGAAUCUGGCACCCAUUUAGCUCAUUUAGGAGUCAUAAAAAGUUACAUAUGCAGAGCAAACAUUUCUAAACCCAUGAAAACUCAUUUAAUUCGACGUCUUAGUCUUCUAAACAGACCGAAAACUGUUUCAAUUCUCAAGUUAUUAAAUAACUCAAGUAUACAAGAGUAGUAGGUAUAAAGAAGAAUACAUUUCUGAUAUAUCAUGUUUAUUUUGAUUUCAAGAAUCAACUAUUUGUAUUUGUAUAUGUUCUUUAUAGAGUUCUAAAAAUAUGUUAGCUGUUUAAUAUUUUCUUUUUAAGAAUCAAAUAAUUGUGUUUAUAUGUUGUUCAUAAAGUUCUAAAAAUUUGUUAC